CCACCACCACCACCACCACCACACACCACGCGCACGCCGCGUACGACACCAUGCCGUCCCAGAAGCCGUCGACGCUCGAGGAGCUGUCAGAGAGAAUCAUCUACUCGGAAAGAUACUCGGACGACAAGUACGAGUACCGACACGUUAUCCUCCCCAAACCAAUGCUCAAGCUCAUCCCAAAGAGCUACUUUGUGCCAGACGACUCGGGUCUGCUGAGGAUUCUCGAGGAGCACGAGUGGCGUGGCAUUGGCAUCACGCAGAGUCUGGGCUGGCAGCACUUUGAGGUGCACGCUCCUGAGCCUCAUAUCCGUAAUCCUGUUCCGGCGACCACUCCCUGGCAACUAGCCGCCCCCCACGUCGCGAAGCCUGGCAGGGCCAGCAGCUCGACCAAGACUCUGUAAUAUUCCCCUCGCGCCUUCAUCUCAUCCCUCGCACCCAUCCUGCAUCCAACUCAUUCUGGGCAGUAGACCCGCCGCUCCUCAUGACCCCCCCCUGUUCAGUAUUAUAGCAGCCGACUGUAGAAUUGUCCGGUGCCGAGUCAAUGUCAUGGGUCUCACUGCAGUUGGCGAGGUUCGGCGAGGGUUUUGCCACUGACGCGCUCGUAACUGUGCCACACAACCACACCUGCAACCCGGAACCCAUUUUGAAGAAGACUCU